AUGCACGUCCUGUCGGCAGCCGGAUUCGGGCACGCGCACGAUUUUGACGGCGGUUUACGCGAAGUCCCGCAAGGCCACACCUGGAGUCUGGUUGAUGUCCUAAUGGUUUUGCUGCAGAAUCUUCGAUAUACAUUGCUGUUUUCAAAGUCGAUGCUGCUCGGCAUGAUGAUGCCGACCCAGUACCGCGAGAUUAACGCCACUAUGGAAGAAUUUCGCCAGUACAUGAAGGAGAUCAUCGCGGAGAACCUUCGGGUUUGGAGGGCAGCCACGAAACCUAUGUAUCUCAGUGACGGCGAGCUAUUGGGCAAUCUGUACGUGUUCAAUUUGGCUGGAUUUGAAACGACGGCCAAUUCCUUGACAUUCACCAUUUCCUUUCUCGCUGCCAAUUCAGAUGUGCAGGAGUGGGUAGGCGAAGAGAUCGAUGCUGUCGUGAAGGGCAAAGACAAUCUGGACUAUGAAGAAGGUUUCCCCUUGCUGGUGCGAUGCUUGGCGCUGAUGUACGAAACUCUGCGUAUCUGGGGCCCUGUCUCCGACAACUCGCGUUGUACAUACGUGACCACCAACUUGUACGGCAUCCAUAGCGAUCCGCGCUGGUGGGGUGCGGACUCGCUGGAAUGGCGACAGACGCGCUGGGUCCGAGUUGACGAGAAGACGGGCAAGGAAUCAAUCGCGCCACAGCCGCCUGGAGCCGCGUUUAUGGCGUGGAGUGCUGGACCGAGAGUCUGUCCGGGCCGGAAGUUUAGCCAGGUCGAGUUUGUCGCGGUCAUUUCGUCGCUGUUGAGGCGCUACAGGCUGAAGCCGUUGGUAAUGCAGAGUAAAAGCAUGAAGACGGAGGAACAAGGGAGACGAGCGUUGUUGGAAGUCAUUGACGAUUCGAUGAGUGGUGUUACGCCGACCAUGAGGAGGCCGGAAGAUGCCGGGGUGGUGUUUGUCGAGCGGUGA